ACUAUACAACAUUAACUAUUAUUAGGGCUGUAGUUGGCAGCUGCAACAUUUAACUAGCCUCACCAAUGCGUUGGAAAUUAAAAUUUCACAGGUACCCUUCAUAACAAUCACCUAAAUUUUCCAGCAUUUUCCAUUUCUUAUACCCCCCUCCUCUUCUAACUCCUACCCACCAUUCCACUUUCUCUUAUGAUGCUACAACUGCCUCUCUAUACUCAUCACUCACUUCUCUAAAUAUUCGGCUCGACUCGUUCACACCCCUUACCGCACACUGUACUAAACAGAGUGUACAUACAAUCAUGGAUUUCUCUUCUUACUAUCACCUCAUUUUUAUCUCAUUAGCAAUCCUUUUGAUUACAACUCUUUCCUUUGGAUUCAUCUUCACUCAAAAUAACUCCUCCUCCUCCUCUAAGAGUAAGGUCAAAUCAUCGUCAAGGUUUGGGGAAAGGCGUACACUUCCCCCAGGCCCUCCAGGAUGGCCCAUAGUUGGCAACCUAUUCCAGGUUGCUAACUCGGGAAAAUACUUCUUUGAAUACGUAAGAGACCUUAAACCAAAGUACGGCCCCAUCUUUACCCUCAAGAUGGGGUCACGUACUUUGAUUAUAGUCAGCAGCGCCGAGUUAGCACACGAGGCACUGAUCGAAAAGGGUCAGGUAUUUGCCACCCGACCCGCUGAGACCCCCACUCGAGGGAUCUUUAGUUGCGACAAGUUUACUGUCAAUGCCGCAACUUACGGUCCGGUUUGGCGGUCCCUAAGAAAAAACAUGGUUCAAAACGGUCUUAGCUCAUCUAGACUAAAGGAGUUUAAAGGUGUGCGUAAUGUUGCUAUGGAUACGUUCAUAGAAAGGAUCAAAGCCGAGGCCGAGAAGGACCCAAACGGCGUCGUUUACGUGCUGAAGAAUGCUCGUUUCGCGGUGUUUACCAUAUUGCUGUCGAUGUGUUUCGGAGUUCAUAUGAGUGAGGAAACUAUCGAUAAGAUUGAUCACACGUUAAAGGAGGUGUUGAUUACGGUGAACCCGCGAAUUGACGAUUUUCUCCCUAUUCUUAGCUUGUUUUUCUCUAAGCAACGUAAGGAAGCUUUGGAGGUUCGGAGGAAGCAAAUCGAGACGCUUCGCCCAUUCAUCGAACAACGACGGGCCAUUCUUCGGGCCGGGGUUGGAUCGGAUCCUACGGCAAUGCAGUUCUCGUAUCUCGACACGCUGUUUGAGGUCAAGGUUGAGGGUCGGAAUUCAGGCCCGAAUGAGCCCGAGAUAGUGACCCUGUGCUCGGAGUUUAUCAACGGGGGAACUGAUACUACUGCGACCGCUGUCGAAUGGGCCGUGGCCCGACUCAUUGAGAACCCGGAAAUACAAGAGAGGAUGUAUAACGAGAUUCGCUCCACAGUGGGUACCCGGCCCGUUGAAGAGGCGGACCUUGAUAAGAUGCCUUACUUGCAUGCCUUUGUGAAGGAGCUUUUACGAAAACACCCUCCGACUUACUUUUCACUAACUCACGCGGUCACUGAGCCUGCUACCCUGGGGGGAUACCAUAUCCCCACGGGUUGCAAUGUAGAAUUAUUUUUACCCGGAAUAUCCGAGGAUCCGAAACUUUGGAAAAACCCAGAAAAUUUCGACCCAGAGCGGUUUUUAACGGGUGGGGAAGAUGCGGAUAUAACGGGGGUACGAGAAGUGAAAAUGAUACCAUUUGGGGCUGGUAGACGUGUGUGCCCGGGUCUAAGUAUGGCAACAAUACAUGUGAAUUUAUUGAUUGCAAGGUUGGUCCAAGAAUUUGAAUGGAGGGCAUUUCCGGAAAAUAGUAAGGUUGACUUUACUGAGAAGCUUGAGUUUACUGUGAUCAUGAAGAAUCCAUUGAGAGCCAAGAUUAUUCCUCGGGUUUGAUUCAUUAAUAAUGAAUUUACUAUUUUUAUUUAGGUUUUAAACAUAUAUGUUUAGUUAUUGUUUUUUUUUUUUUUUUUUUUUUUUUACUUUGAUUUACUUAUUACGGUUCAUUAUAUUUUCCUUUGGCAUAUAUUAAAGGUGUGAUUGUAAUUUCAAAGCAGCAAUUUACAAGAGAAUAUUUUUGUUUAUAGAGCAGAUUCGUUCUUUUUUUUUUUUUUUUUUUUUUUUUUUUUUUUUUUUUUUUUUUUUUAAAUCGAUCUUUCUAUAUAAGUUUUGAUACUCAUGUGAUGUAGUAAUUUUGAUGAUGAUGUGUUUUAUUCGAUCUAGUCCUCUUGAUGCUAAUCUAGUUGGUAUAAUGGCCGAUUGGAGGCCGAUUUCUAAUUAUGAUCGAGUUGAUUAUAUGAGAUAGAUUUUGGGACUGAUUGAUGUGAUGAGCAUUUAAAAGCGUAUAUAAAUUUCGCAUUAAGGUGGCCAUUAUGCAGUUGUCGUAAGAUCAUUAU